AUUAAAAUAAGAUUUGUGAGGGCUGAACUUAUAUUUGCUGAGUACUUUAUAUACAUUUGGUAGGAUCUGUCUUGGUAUCAAACUCACUGAACGUAAUCAGUUGUCCUCAUGGGGACUUCAAAUGAACGACUGCAAGCUUUCACGGAGUUUCCACCUCCUCGUUCUCGCCUCACGUGAAAUCGUACACCAAAUGCAGCAUUAAAGUAUUUAACCUGUUAUAAUAAUCUUCAGUUCGGACGACAGACUGAAGAUGGAGAGCACAGCAGACACAGACCUGGAGCCCCUAAAGCUGAAGUCUUUAAAAACCGACAGGACGUUUGUGAUACCGCACAGCGAACGGCUGGGGAAGUGCAGGAGUGUGAAGGAGUUUGAGAAGAUAAAUCGGAUUGGAGAGGGAACAUACGGAAUCGUGUACCGAGCACGCGAUACACGGACGAAUGAGAUUGUUGCCCUGAAGAAAGUGCGAAUGGAUAAAGAGAAAGAUGGGAUUCCCAUCAGCAGUUUGAGGGAAAUUAACUUAUUAAUCAGACUGAGACACCCAAAUAUCGUGGAGCUGAAGGAAGUGGUGGUGGGAAGCCAUUUGGAGAGCCUGUUUUUAGUGAUGAGCUACUGCGAGCAGGAUCUUGCCAGUCUGCUGGAGAACAUGCAGUCGCCGUUCUCUGAAGCUCAGGUGAAGUGUAUUGUCCUACAGCUGCUGAAAGGACUGGCCUAUUUACAUCACAACUUCAUUCUUCACCGGGAUCUGAAGGUUUCAAAUCUACUGAUGACUGACAAGGGCUGUGUUAAAAUAGCCGACUUUGGCCUGGCGCGUGUUUACGGUAUCCCUUUACAGCCCAUGACUCCUCGAGUGGUCACGCUGUGGGCUGUGGGCUGCAUCUUCGCCGAGCUUCUGGCUCAUAAACCCCUGCUGCCGGGAGCCUCAGAGAUCCAGCAGCUGGAUCUGAUCGUGCAGCUGUUGGGAACGCCGAAUGAGAGCAUCUGGCCGGGUUUCUCGCGUCUGCCGCUGGUGGGUCAGUACAGUCUGAGGAAACAGCCCUACAACAACCUGAAGAACAAGUUCACCUGGUUAUCAGAGGCUGGUCUGAGACUCCUCAACCUGCUGUUCAUGUACAACCCGCAGCGCAGAGCCACGGCCAUCGACUGUCUAGAAAGUUCCUACUUCAAGGAGAAGCCGCUGCCUUGUGAACCGGAGCUGAUGCCCACAUUUCCACAUCACAGGAACAAACGCAGCGCAUCUGAGACUGAACACCAGACCAAGAGGAGCAAAGUAUGACACAUGAUGCUGUACAGAUUAGUCAAUAUGAGGCUUGGAAAGAAAAAUUGAUAUUCACCCAAACCUGAACAUUUUGUCAUCAAAUACUCACACUUGUCACAAACCUCCUUUUUUUCUGUUGAACACAAAAGAAGAUAUUUCAAAGAUGUUGGAAACCUGUAACCAUGAAAUACAUUGUAUUUCAUACAAUAGAAGUCAAUGGUUACAGGUUUACAACAUUCUUCAAAAUGUACUCUCCGUCAAGCGUUUGCCAGUUUCUUUAUGCCGCUAAACACAAAAGAAGAUAUUUGGAAGAAUGUUUGAAACCUGUAACCAUUGACUUCCAUUGUAUGAAAUACAAUAGAAAUCAGUGGUUACAGGUUUCCAGCAUUCUUCUGAAUAUACUCUCCGUCAAGUGUUUUACGAAAUACAAUGGAAGUCAAUGGUUACAGGUUUCCAACAUUCUUCUGAAUAUACUCUCCGUCAAAUGUUGGCUAGUUUCUUUACGCUGUUAAACACAAAAGAAGAUACUUUGAAGAAUGUUGGAAACCUGUAAGCAUGAAAUACAAAGGAAGUCAAUGGUUACAGGUUUCUAACAUUCUUCAAAAUAUCUUCUCGUGUUCAACAGAAUAAAGAAACUGGCAAACACUUGACGGAGAGUACAUUUUGAAGAAUGUUGGAAACCUGUAACCAAUAACUUCAAUUGUAUUUCAAAAUGUACUCUGUCAAGUGUUUGCCAGUUUCUUUACGCUGUUAAACACAAAAGAAUAUAUUUGAACGAAUGUUUGAAACCUGUAAGCCUGAAAUACAAAGGAAGUCAAUGGUUACAGGUUUCCAACAUU